GGGUAGGAAUAGCGGCAAAGUUUUGAAGUAGACUAAUAGGAAGACUAUUGUGAUGUUAGUCGAUCAUGAGCAUAUUACUCCAGUCAGUCAAAACAAUCAAUCCACAAUAAUUCCAAAAGUUUUCAAACUUCGGUCAAGUGAAUGGUACAUUGGGACGACAAUAAAUCUCAUUUUGCAACCUUGUCCGCAGUCCGGAACAUUGUUAAAAUUGCAAUUAAAUUAUUUUUAGAUGUAUGGUCGUGUAAUUCCAAAAGUUCAGCAAACCUGGGGAAGUUUUCGAUAUAAUAUUUCAUAUCACGUAUUAAAUUUGCAACCAACCUCAGUAACGUUUUUAGAAUUUAAAUCGUUUUAUUAAGACAUUCUUACAGAAUCAAAACAAACAGUUUUUUUUUAUAAAUUAGUUACGAGACGUGUUAAUUUUUUGAAUUGUCUGACCUUGUAUGAAUUGGUUUUUUGUUUAUAGUAAAGAUGGAAUAUAUCAAAUUAAAGGUCAGUUAAGUGACUGUCGGACGGCUUUUUCACUGCACAUCGAAAUAGUGAACGGAGAGCUUCGCAUUUGAUUUCCAGUAUUUAUAAGAAGCCCGGUUCUAGCAGUUGGAAAAAUAAAGUGAAGAUGUUUUGGAAACUUCUUGGCGUAUUAGUGAUAUGUGUUCUAACAUGGCUGUACGUGCGCUGGACCCGCGUGCGGCAAUACUGGGCGAAGCGCGGGGUGCCGCACCUGCCGCCGCACCCCGUCAUGGGGAGCCUCACCUUCCUGCAGCGACAGAAUCCCGCAGUAUGGAUGAUAGAAUUAUACCAGAAAUUCAAUGCACCAUACAUAGGAGCGUGGUGGUUUUGGCGACCAGUUCUGAUCGUCCAUUCCCCAGAAUUAGCUCGGAAUAUACUUAUAAAGGACUCCGCUAACUUUAGGGACAGGUUCAUGCGAUCCGGCGCAUCGGAUCCCAUUGGAUCCCUUAAUAUAUCCUUAAUUAAGGAACCACGAUGGUCUAUAAUUCGCCGCCGAUUAACCACGGUGUUUACGGCUUCAAAACUAAAAGCUUUCCAAAACCUAUAUGAUACAAAAUCAAACGAAUUGAUCCAACGGAUCGAAUCCUCGAAGGAUAAAACUAAAAUAAAUUUGCGGAAUCUGUUCACAGACUAUACAACGGAUAUAAUCGGUACAGCUGCUUUUGGUGUUAAAACGAACGCGACCCUCACAGGCGAAGAUCCCAUGAGGGUUGUUACUAAAGCCUUUAUGAAUUUCGACCUGUAUAGAGGACUUUGUUGGAGCAGUAUUUUCUUUAUACCAGAACUUGUGGAUAUUUUUAGGUUUUCGUUAUUCCCUAAAUGGGCUACAGAUUACUUUAGGAAAGUUUUACGAAUUGCAUCGGAACAGAGAAAGGAGGAAAACAGAGAUUUACUUAACCCUAAGGAUUUACUUGAUGCGCUUCUCAGCCUUAAAGAUAAGGAUGAUGUUUCUGACGAUAUAAUAGUAGCUAAUGCAGCUAUGUUACUAUUUGGUGGGUUUGAGACUUCUGGCUCCAUCAUAAGCUUUGCAUGUUAUGAACUCGCUUUUCGACCCGAAAUGCAGGAUAAACUAUAUGCAGAAUUAGUUAAAGUCAAAAAUGACAAUGAAGAUGGUCUUGACAUAGCAAAACUUGCUGAUUUACAGUUUCUGAACUGCAUUAUUAAAGAAGCCCUUCGGAAAUACACUCCAAUGGGCUGGUUGGAUAGAGUUGCCUCAACGGAUUACAAAAUCGACGAGAAGCUAACCAUUCCAGCUGGUAUGCCGGUCUACAUCAACGCUAUCGGCAUGCAUUAUAACAAAGAUCUAUUCCCGGAGCCUAAGGAAUUCCGUCCAGAACGAUUCUUGCCAGAAAACGAAAAAGAUAUUAAGCAAGCUACGUACAUGCCGUUUGGAGAAGGACCUAGGAAUUGUAUUGGGCAAAGAUUUGGUCUCGUAACAGUACGAUAUGCUUUAGCGAAAAUGGUAUUAAAAUAUAAAUUAAGUCCGGUAGAAAACGCAACGAAACCUAACGAUCUGGAAUACGACAAAAGGGCACUUUUCAUUUUACCAGGAGAAAUACUUCAUAUUAAUUUUAUUCCUAGACUGAUUUCAUAUGUAUUCUUUUGUGAAAUAAAUGUCUAUAACCGUUAUUUUUAUCAAGUAUCGCGGCCUCAUCUCUUUGCCUGCAAUACAACAGCCACAUUCAACCACUUAACGACUUCUGAGUUGAAAAAUUUAAUAAAAUUUAUUCAUAUAAAACCACGAAUGUUCGGAACACUGUUUAUUUUAGCGGUGAUAUGUGCUGUAACAUGGCUGUACGUGCGCUGGACCCGCGUGCGGCAGUACUGGGCGAAGCGCGGGGUGCCGCACCUGCCGCCGCACCCCGUCAUGGGGAGCCUUACCUUCCUGCAGCGACAGAACCCCACAAUAUGGAUGAUAGACAUGUACCAAAAGUUCAAAUCACCAUACACAGGGGUGUGGUGGUUCUGGCGACCGGUUCUUCUUAUUAAUUCACCGGAGUUGGCGCGAAAUGUCCUCGUUAAAGACGCGGCCAAUUUUAGAGACAGAUUUACAAGCUCCGGCGCUUCUGAUCCUAUUGGAGGACUCAAUUUGUUCACCAUAAAGGAUCCACAAUGGUCUUCAGUACGUCGCCAUUUAACCAACGUAUUUACUGCUUCCAAAUUAAAGGCCUUACAGGAUCUUUUUACAUCGAAGUCAAAAGAUUUGAUACAUGUACUAAAAACUUCCGAAGACAAUAGUAAAAUCAAUCUUAGAUAUCUAUUAACGGACUUUACCACUGAUAUCAUUGGAACUGCCGCGUUUGGUGUAAAGACUAAUGCUAUUCUCACUGGCGAAGAUUCUAUGAGGCUUGUUACUAAAGCUUUUAUGGAAUUUAACUGGUACAGAGGUCUCUGUUGGAGCAGUGUAUUCUUCUUUCCUGAAUUAGUGGAUAUUUUCAGAUUCACUGUAUUCCCUAAAUGGGCAACAGAUUACUUCAAAAAAGUUCUACGGAUUGCAUCGAAACAGAGAAGGGAAGAGUUAAAAGAUUUAAGUAGCCCAAGAGAUUUGCUGGAUGCUCUGCUGACCCUCAAAGAAAAUGAUAAACAAGACAUGAGUGAUGACUUGGUAGUGGCGCAAGCUGCACUCUUCCUAUUUGCGGGCUUCGACACGUCUGGAUCUAGCUUAACGUUUUCCAUUUACGAACUAGCCUUCCAACCUGAAGUACAGGAUAAGUUGUAUGAAGAGAUAUCAAAAGUCGAAGGUGAAUUAGAUUUGACAAAGCUUGGCGAACUGGUGUACCUUAACUGUGUUAUAAAAGAGGGACUCAGAAAAUACGCACCUCUUGGUUGGCUAGACCGUAUUGCAGCAAAGGAUUACCAGGUGGACGACAAACUAACCAUUCCCGCGGGAACACCGGUCUAUGUCAAUGGUAUCGGCAUGCAUUACGAUGAAGACCUCUUCCCGGAACCGAGGAAAUUCAUUCCCGAUAGAUUCUUGCCAGAAAACGAAAAGAACAUUAAGCCAUUUACGUUUAUGCCGUUCGGCGAAGGACCUAGGAAUUGUAUCGGAAAAAGAUUCGGCCUCAUAGUUCUACGGCACGCACUCGCCUACUUAAUAUUGAAUUUCAAAAUGGUACCUUUACCUAAUGGACCCAAACCCGAUGAAAUUGAAUUUGAUAAGCACAGUCUCAUUUUAGCCCCAGGGCAAAAUGUUAAUCUCCAAUUUAUUCCAAGAAACUAGUAAAAUGAUUGAAUUUUUAACAAGGUUUUUAGUUGUACAUAUCUUUUCAUGAAAUAAAAUCCAGCUAUAAUUGUGAA